CACUUUUUGGCGGGCCCUCCCUUCCCAUUCUCUGUCUAGUCACAUUUCAGACUCGAAGAGAGCCGCACUUUUCUUCUAUAUCACCGCUCCUGCCGCCCGGCCGUCUCAUCUUUCGCAAUCUCUCUCCCCUCCCUCGCUGCAAAGCAUGCUGGCGUAGGCCUCGAGGACUGCCCACCAUGUCAGAGCUGUUCGACUCGCUCAACUUUCCCUCGCAACGCUCCUUUGGCGCUUCUCCCUCACAACGAGCAACCUUUGGGGUGGCUUCCGGAAGCCAGAGCUCCAGCCAAACGUCCGAGCCUGGACAGAAUGCGCUGAAGCGCACUCCCUUCCGGGGUGAAGGAGCUGUGGGCUCAGCUUCGACGGCCCCGACGUCCGGCACCACUCCUGCCAAGGUCUGGAGCGCGGGAGCAGGAGCAGGAGGUUCCUCAUCCGUACAGAGGAGACCGGCGGGACAUGUCUACUGGCAUGCUUCGCCCAGCCCUUCGAUGGCGGCUGCCGCCACCUGCGACGACGCGGGCUCCCAUGCACAGGUCAGCCCGCUGGGAACGCAGGCUUUCAAGGAAGAGCUCCUGCGAGGCCAACGGCGACAGGAUCCCACAUUCAGGAAGAGCACUUCGGCAGAGAAGAGGGCGAAACGACGAGCGAGAGGCGAAAACGAAGACGAGAGCCAGCAUGGAGAUCACGACCAGCGCACGAGAAAGGCAGCGAGACAGUCGAAACGCGGCGGUGGAUCCAGCCUCGGCAAUCAAAGAAAGCAGGGCUUGGGUUUAGAGCUGGAGAGCUUCCUCGCCAAUCUCGAAGGCCGCCUUCAACUCGAUGACGACGAUGGUAACGACGACGACAGCAGCCAGGACACAUGGUCGGCCGAAGGGGCGAUCAACAGUAGCAUGCAAAGGCAGCCUGACCAACUCAUGAGCAAAGCCAGGUCGCUCUCGCAAGAUAUGCCACUCCUCUCCCAUCGACGAGUAACACAUGACAAGAGCGUCGAGACGGACGGAGCUUCGUUUGGGCCGCCUCAUCAGGACGACGUGACUGGCAAUCGUAUCAGCAACGGAGCCGCACGAGGCUCCUGGACGAAGACGGCCAGCUCGCCCUGCCUCGGUCGCUUGUCUGCGUGCCACCAACAGCACGGCUGCUUGACCGCAGCCCGGUCCCUGGGUCAGCCCCUCUUGCAUGCAUCCAAGAUCGGUGUCGAGGUCGAACCACGAGACGUCUUCGCCAACGAUAUGAAACAGAUGGACGCGAUUAACGAAAACCAUGAUGGCAAGGGCGCGAUUCCCGUCGAGGACCGGCCACCGUUGCAACCUGUCAACACUCAGCGCAACAGCGCUUCGCCUGCGAAGGGCGUUGCACAGAAGCAAAAUGCUCAGCGUGUCUUGGCCUCGGAGUUCAAGCAGCAGGAGCAGAAACCUCUUCAAGGUGUCCGCAGGAGCGCUCGAACGCCCGUCAAGGCGGCCUCGACAUCAGCGCUCCAGAUUCGUCCCACUGCUCCGUGCCUUGACGAGGAGGCCAAGUCACUCAGGAGCUCAGCAGCACCAUCGCAACUUCUGCGCCAUGGCAGUGCAGCUACCACCUCGAUAUCGUCGGGUCGGAGCCUCGGCGUCGGUCUGUCGAGGGCGAAGUCAGGGCCUAUGAUGACAACACGAUCCCGCGUCGGUCUCUCAAGAAGCUCGUCGUCUCACCAGCGCGCUACCCACAUGCAUGGCCCAUCGCCCGAUGCCGUCGCUGCUGUUGAAGAUCGCCUAUCUUCAUCACCUACGAAAGCACGGAGCGGGCCAGGAGCGCCCUUCAAAAGGCCUAGUCGGGUUCCGUCGACUGCUUCCAUGAAGAGGAAGAGCUGCAAGAGCGAGGUCGUCGUCAUCUCCGACGACUCAGAUGAGGAUACAGCAGGAUGGCAGUCUCCGACCAGCAAGGGACAUAUUGGAGCGGCGCCGGCCCGGAGCACGGCAGUCGACACUUUUGAGGAGGAUGGCACGACUGGCAAGGGCCAUCAUCAUGACCUCGGACCUGUGCAGGCGAACCAUGUUGAUACUCAAAAGGGGAGCAAAGAAGCCCUGAGCAACGCCCAAGAUGGUGCAGUUGCAGCAGAUGAGGUGAUUAGGCACGUCAGCAAAACAAGAGCAUGCUUCGGCGAGAUGUCGAAAGGCCUGGAAGGGAUCGAGCGUGGCGAAAAGGGGAGCAACACGGCAUCGAGGGCUUCACGCUCGCCGGACAAAGCUCUGCGAAGCUCCAUUGCGAAUCCCAAGCCAAGGAUUAUUGGUGGCGGGCCAUCGAAUGCGACUACGCCUCUACGAAAAAGAAGAGGACCCGCAGCGGUGAGCGGCGAGGACGCUGCACAAGCGGAGACGACGACGACGGACUCGAGGAACAAAGAGACUGGCGGUAGAGAAGCGUCGCGGCAGCAGCAGCAGCAGCAGCAGCCAGGGUCAGACGAUUCCUUUGAGAUGGAGCACCUCACGGAGCUGGACGAGAUGCUGACGGCGAUUGGAUGCUGAGGCUGCCUGCCCAACAUGGACACGAGUCAAAUACUCUUCUGUCCCCCAAACGAACAUAAACGAUUUCUCGGACGAUCCAAAGAAACACACAUGCGCACACUCAAGUAGAACGAUCCACUGUAUUUAAGCAAGCAGAGAGAAACCGCCCACACAAAAGCAGCAGCAAUAGCGAGGUGCUUAACUUCACGAGUGCAACAACGGGUACCCUUGACGAAUCUUGGAUUUGAUCGAGCGAGAGAUUAGAGAC